AGAAACCAAGGUUUGUUUCUACCUUCCAUGGGCACUCUCAGAUAGGUACCGCUUCAAUCCAAAAACCACUUCCAGUAAACAUCCAGAAUGGCAGAAUCUUUAUCAGGUCUCAUUUAACAAUACUGCAACUACAGCCAGAUUACUUUUUAGUUGGAAUAUUAUGAAAUGCAAACCAAAUACAGUACUGUUCAUGACAAAUUGUAAGGCCUUCCAAAGUGUGCUUUUACCAUAAACCUGCUGUGACCUCAAACUGAGAUUCUGCAUUUCUGUGGUUUUGCUGCUUUUUGUGUCAUACAUGAUAAUUGUAGGUAGCGGCUGAAUUAGCUAUGUAACUUAAAAUGUGUUACAUUUGUGGAAGCAUGGUGAUUCUUCAGAUCAGCAGCAUAGGGAGGAUGAAUGAUGCCCUCAGUUGUUUAUUGUAAGAAAUCUGAGCUCUAGGUAAAUAUUAUUAGCCCAAUAUUAUGUGAAGUUAUUCUGAUGGGUUUGUAGUCUAUACAUGGUUAUCAGUAAGGCCUGUCAUUAAUUAUUCUACAUAUUAAAAUAUGAAAUUAACAUUAUGGGAAGUUGCUAAUAUUCAUUCUAUAUUGUAGGCAUGGUGAAGGCGCUAUACAUUUUGAUGGUGAAUUAGAAAAUAAAACCUGUCAACCUAAAAAAAAAUAUAUUUACACAUUUUUGCACUUGUUAGAUUAACAUUAUUGGUAAUUGUAUCAGCAAUGGCCCUGAAAUUCCAUCUCUAAUUGUACUAAUUUGAGGUGUUGAGUAACAUGGUUUUAGGUGCCUUUGAGUGUCAUGUCACAUCCAUGUCCUGCCCCCCUCUUCCUGUAUACAACACACAACACAGUUUGUCGUGAAGGAGUAACACACACUCUUCAUUUGUUGAUGUAAUACCUUUAAAUGUUAAAUGUAAUAAUGUUCAGUCCAUUAGCAACUAUUAACCCUCUUUUUGCUGACAUGUUUAAAUUGGACACAUAUAUCUGUAACCAUGUCAUCCUUUUCUCAAAAAUGACUUCACAGUAAAUGAGCAGUGAUCAUGUGAUCAUGUUUCCUAUACAGGACAUACAGUGUCACUUCAGGCUGGCCAAUCAAAUGCAUUCUUGUCUCUGAAGAGUCAAGGAACCAUUGAUGUUCUUUCAUUCAGCACAGCAGUUUGAACAUGAUGACAUCUCCAGUGUUUGCGCUCUGUCUCACAUGUUUCCUCUUGGGCAAAAUGGCUCAGACGACUGCUCUGAAAUCUGUCCAUCAAGAAAUAAGUUUUGUUUCAGUUAAAACUGGGGACGAGUUGACUUUGCAGUGUUUUUAUAAAGGUAAUGUUCCUGCAAGGAUUUACUGGUAUAAACAACAUUUGGGAGAGAAACCAAUGCUCAUCUCCAGUUACUACAUGUUUGAUAAAAAUAACACUUUCUAUGGUGAAUUCAAGAACAAUCCACGCUUCACACUGGAUACUGAAAAUGGUAAAAACCACUUGAAGAUCUCAGAUUUACAUGCUUCAGAUUCAGCUACUUACAACUGCGUAAGUUGCUAUUAUUACGUGUUAGAACUUACAGAGAGCAUUACUGUCAGUGUAAAGGGUUCAGGUUUGAACAUCCCAGCUUCGGUCCAUCAGUCAGCAUCUGAGAGCAUCCAGCCAGGAGGCUCUGUGACUCUGAACUGUACAGUACACACUGGGACCUGUGAUGGAGAACACAGUGUUUACUGGUUCAAAACCUCUGAAGAAUCUCAUCCAGGACUCAUUUACACCCAUGGAGGCAGUAAUGAUCAGUGUGAGAGGAAACCCAACACACAAACACACACCUGUGUGUACAACUUGCCAAUGCAGAGCCUGAAUCUUUCUCAUGCUGGGACCUACUACUGUGCUGUUGCCUCAUGUGGACACAUACUGUUUGGAGACGGGACCAAGCUGGACUUUGAAGAUGAGGCUGACUUGGUGUAUUUCUGGAGAGGAGCGUCUGCAUUCACCACCAUCCUGGUUGUUUUACUGGCUUUCUCAUUUUGCAUGAUGAACAAGGGAAACAGUUGCCAAUCUUCAGAUCCUGAAACAAGAUCACCAGCUUCCUCCACAGCAAAUGCAGAGGGUUACCAACAUGCAGACAAUCUCUAUUAUGCUGCUUUAAGUGUCAAACUGACGAAGAGAUCAAGAAGACAGAGGGAUCCAACCUGGAGUGAGUGUGUGUACUACAGCGUAAAGAAGUAGAAGUGGACAUAUCACAUUUGUACUUUCUGAGUAAGACAGCAUUUUCUUUGUGCCUCUUGAGUUGCAAUGUAGAUUUAGAUGUAAGUUUGAGAUACAUUUGCUUUAAUAGCUUAUUUUUGGUCUGCAGCCAAAAUGAAAUUGCACUGUGCUUUGCUAAUGUGCAUAUUGUCGCUGUCAUCAUCGGAAACCUUGUAUGUCCAAAACUGUUACUUUUCAGGAAAUAAACAAAAUCCCUGUGUUUUUACAAUAUUGAACAUAGUUGUCAGAGUUGGUAUUGUUGGUUUCAAUACUUUUUUUUUUUGUUGGCCCUUUAUUACCUUUAAUUGACAGAGACCGCUGGAGAUAAACAGGAAAGGGGGGUAGAGAGAGGGGAUGACAUGUAGCAAAGGGCCACAGGUCGGAUUCAAAACCUGGGCCGCUGCAGGACUAGGUCCAUGGUCGCCAGCUCUACCAAGUGAGCUAACCGGGCGCCUGAUCAAUACUUUUUUUUUUUGUUAAAUAUUUGUAUAACUCACUGGCAGACAUAAAGCUUGACCAAUAGCAUUUAUUGACGAGGGGAAAAAAGAUGAAAUAUGUAGAUACAAGCUUUCCGCCCGACAGCGAUGAUUUUUAGGAUGCUGUUUUUGUGUCUGUGAGGUCUGAAGCAGGAUAUCUCUACAAUGCUGCCUUGUUUCUUCCUUUUUAACCAUGUAUCUAGAACCAUAUGGUUGUAUUUAGUACACAGUCAGUAAACGAUUUUGGGGACUUAACCAGCUUAUUGAGAACCUCAGAUUAAUUAUGCUUUAUACAUUUUGCUUUUUAAACAAAUUAUGUCUUUGUGUAUGUGAUUUUAUGUUUUUAAUGAUUGAUUAAAAUAAAAUAAAAUGAAUGAUUGAUUAA